UCUUCGUCGUGACAACUAAGUCUAGCACUUUGAAACAGUGUCUCUAGUUUUAGUAGUUGGCAUCAGUGACGAUAUUGUUCCACGACUACUCAUAUUAUUGAGGUCUCUAUCUCAAACUAGAAACAAGGCACCUCUGUGAUGGUGAUAAGCCCUGUGAUACUCAGACACAUCUACUAUAAUUACUAUACUCAUCGGCCUAUCAUUGGAUAUUAUCUGUGAUCUUUGACUCUUCAAGUUCGGACAUUUUUUGUUUUGUUUUGUUUUGGAUCCCGUUUAGUAUUUCACAUCAGAUUUCUAGUGAAUAGGAAGACAGUCUAGAUCAAGUCUUACCAAACCCUAAAAAUAUUAGCAGCAGACGAGUUUGAUCGUCUGCUUAAAGUUCAUGCUUUCUGAUUGGUAGAUGAACUAAUACACACAACUCCCAAAAACGGCGUCCAAGCUAUCUUUGUACCCCACCAACAUGAACGGGGUGCCGGCCCUGUACCCUUUGACGGAGAAGGGCGCCAGGAAACCCAAGUGCGCCCGCUGCAGGAACCACGGGAUGGUGUCCUGGCUGAAGGGGCACAAGCGCCACUGCACCUACAAAGACUGCACUUGCCCAAAGUGUAAUCUGAUUGCCGAGAGACAGAGGGUCAUGGCCGCUCAGGUUGCACUCAAAAGACAGCAGGCAGCCGAAGACGCCAUCGCGCUUGGGAUACGUGCCUGCGUGUCGGAAUCGGGGAUACCCGUGAUGACCCAAGGGCCGCUCUGGGGGCCCGGCACGGUGACCGCACCUCUCUCCGCCAGCGACAAGCACAGGGACGCGGACGAAGCGGACGACAGCUGUGAUUCACAAACUGAGUUGGAAGUGGACAGCUGUAGCGACAACGAAGGGGGCUCCCCAUUGACAGGAUCGCCCCUGACACACAGAUCUGAGGGUUCACCGCUGACGGAGAAACCGAACAGCCCUCCAACGCACACGGUGACGGAAUCGCCCCAGACGGCACCUAAGUCGAUACCCCACCAUGGCCAUCCAAACCACCCCAGCCAUCACCACCACGGCCGUAAAGACAACAACAACGAUUCCGGCGGCCACCAGAGGCCAACGGCGUACCGACCGGGGCGGCUGACACCUCUGGAGAUACUAGAGAGGGUAUUCCCACAGCAGAGGAAGUCUGUGCUGGAGCUUGUACUCCAAGGCUGCAACGGAGACUUGGUCAAGGCUAUCGAGCACUUCCUGUCUGCCCAGGACACCGUGGCCGCCCAACAGCAGGCGGCCAUGCAAGCCAGCCAGAAGCAGGAACCCAGACCCAACCCUUUCCUCAAUGGACUAUCAAACGGUCACACUUUGUUUCACCACUCUCUCAUCGGCAGCAGCAACGGUGGCAACAGCAAUGUGGGUGCACCCCUCAGCGGUUUAAGGCCAAGCGCUCACCUUCCGCCCCACACCCCACCAGCGGCUCACAGCGGCGGAUCAAGCAAAGUGCCGUACGGGGGCAUGAAAUCAGCGUUCACGCCCCUUUCUGCAGGCCCGAACUCCGCUCUACACUCGGCCUUUACAAGCCACCUUCCUCACUUCCACCCGGCCGCAGAAGCCGCCUUCAGAAACCCAUUUUUCCCACAAGGCCACGGGCCCACUGACAUUCUCCCGCCAACUCACCCUUUCGCUUACGCGGGUCUUGGCAUGGGCUUGGUCGGAGGCGGGCUAUCGGCGCCCUCCUACCCAGGAGUCUUUACGUCGCCCUUUUCAUUUCACCCUUAUCGUUUGAACUUCCGAGGGUCAACAUCGCCAAGAACGAGAACCCCAGACAAAAACAGUGAUAAGUCGGCCAUGACAGAUUCUGACCAUAUUUCCGAUUCCUGGGAUGAAGGAAGCUCACCUCGCGACGCAAAGCCUCUGGACUAGGAGACACUUCUUAAGAUCUUUUUCUGACCAAAUAUUAAUAUGCUUGGAAACGGCUUUUCCUGAUCAGACUUAACUGGCAUAAUCUCACGAUUACCCCAAAGAACUCUACCAUUACAACCUCACUUCUGAAACUAAACUCUUCCCUGGCCAAUGCUACAAAGAUGGCCAAAUAAUUUGUCGAAAAAAAUAUACAUUACAAAGCAGUAGUGACUUUUUAUUUUAUCAGAAGGACAUGUUAUGAAUUUAAAUGUAAUUCAUAAACUUAUGAGAUCUCAAAAGAAAUACUUUUAAAAAUUUUAGUGCUUACUAGCACAUUAUCUGCUUUAACUAGUGGAACACCGGAUGAGGAAAUUUUAAUUUUUCAAUGCCAAAGAACAAAAUGCGGCUCGUUGUAGCCAAAGAGUUAAUUUUGUGUUUGUUUUUAAGCUAAUGUGUAUGUCUUUGUUUGUUUGUGGCCGCGCGUGUUUAUGCUUUUCAGCCUAAAUAACACUAAAUAAACUCACAUCACGAAGAAGACUGACCUGAUAUUUCUGCAUGAAUUGUGAUUUCCCUAAUUCCGGAAUUUAAAAAAAUGCAGUUGCAAAAACUAAAAAUAUAACGAAACAAUGAUUUUUUUUUUAAUCUUCCACAGAUUUUGUUUGAGAUUAUUGUGCUCUGCGUACAAUUUUGAUUUAUGUUUUCAAAAAUAUGUACUUACUAAAUAGCGUAUUAAAACUAUAUAUAU